CACCAUCGAACAUUGGAUUCUCGCAUGGGAAAGUCUGCAUCUCCGUAGUUUCGCUGGCAAGACGCGUGGACGACAUGGAAGAUCUGCUUCUGGACCUGGAGAGUGCUUCGAAGAGACCUGCUAAACAACGGGCAAUCAAGAUCUCUGGCCUGAUAGACAGAGUCUGCUCGAAAGCCUACGACGAUGGCUUUCUAGUCGAAGAACUCCAUCGGGUUGUGGACACCAUCACGCUCGCCAACGAGUUGGACCAAGGUAGUCUGAGCAACUUAAUCCGCAAUCUCUAUCCUGUCAGUAAGGUACCAGACUCUGUAGUCAUUAAAGUCGUCAGCAGUCUGGGUAAUGGGCGGUUCAAGCCAUCCUACAAUACUCAAGCUGGCUUAUUGAAAUGGUUGGUCAUGGUAUACGAUGUCUUAGAGAACCCAAGAAUGUUGUCGCAACUUUAUAGUAUCAUCUUCAAUUUGCUAGAUACUGCUGCCAUCAGACCUCAACUCUGUCACGUGCUCUCCUUGAUUACUCGACGAAAGCAUGUUCGACCUUUCAGGAUACAGCUCCUAAUGGAAUUGGUAAGGCGAGCAGGGAAUGAGCCACCUCUGAUCGGACUCAUGAGAGUAUUCAAAGACUACUAUCCUGAUGUUAUCGUUGGAGAUGCUACUGCAGGGCGGGCGUCUGUUUUCACUCAUCCGAACCCAGAAUGGCGGGCCAGGCUCAGUGAGGUUCAAGAUUUGCAUCUCCAGAGAACACAAGAUGCCUUGCCAAUCGAGCAAAGAACCUUUAGAAUUGCAAAUAAGGGUACGAAUGCUUUGAAGCGUAAGAGGGGCUCAGUCAUACCAUAUGUGUACACGUCCCAUGCCCAAGAGUUUUCGACGACCUUGGAAGAAAUAGAAGACGUUCACGAAUUCGUACAGAAGUUUGAGAAGAUUGACCCACCAAAUCAACUAGUCGCCGUAAUAAGUGAUCCGCUGCUUCAGAAGUUCCUACAUCUCAGAUCUUCUGAGGUGGAUUCGAGUCGGAUUGAUAGCUGGUUACUCGCGUUCUUUGAGGACCAGCUCCAAAACUCGGGUACUGAAAAAGACGGUAUUCUUGAGAUGCUUGACGCAAUCUUGAAAUAUGCUAGGUACACAAAGAACCUGCCCCCUGCUUGCUUGUCAUACUUGCAAUCGAUGAUCUCUUUUUGGAAUGGCAACACGGGUGCCGAUACUAUUCUCGGCCUUCUGACAUAUGUCCCGUUGGCGGAUUUUGAAGAUCUAUACGCUUCAACGUUCAGGCUAUUGGAGGGCGCUAUCCUUUGUGAUGGAACCACCGAAUCCAAACUGAGACUUCUUCGAUUUUAUGGCAGUCUGUUGGAUCAAUGGAUCACAACACUUCUUUCGCAACCCAAGCCGAUUGCUGCAGCGGGCCAAGCCAUCAAAUUACUCAUGGAGCACGUCAGUGACCUCUCUCUAACUAUUAUCCAGUCAUCUAUAGAUACUGGUGCUUUAUGCACGGUCCUGGAGUUCUACGAACGUGCAGCCGCCAGUACAAUGCACUCGAAUCUGAAAUCGGUCGUCCGAAUCAGCUUACCUCCUGCUGAACUCAUUUACACACUUCAUUUCACGAACUCUUUAGCCAUUCAAAGUAAAUUGUGUGCUCUUUUGGCUAUCUACAAGAAGGCUUUCGAGUUUGCUAUGGCCCCUAAAAAUGCUAUGAAGCAGGAAUCAUAUUCAAGCGUCUACGUCAACGGAUUCAAUGGGUUUCUCAUGGAUCUUUGCAAUUGUCUGUGGCGAUCUAAGGCGUUCAAUUAUGCUGAUCCAAAUGCUCGAGGUUGCUUGCUAGACCCGACCGUUAAUGUGGUUUUGAGCAAAUACAUCUCCACUCUUGAUGGAUCAUUGUCUUUACUGACUCUGUUCACCUUCUCAUACUCUCCCCUGCUUUGUCUUCUAGCAAUUUCUCAUAUCAGGGAAUUAGAAGAUGCAUCAGUCGAUGAGAUUGAGCGUCGGCAUGCUGGACCUGUCAGUCAGAUGUCACUCAAGCAAUUGGAAAACCAGGGUGGUAUGAAGUUGUCAUGGCAGGAUUACAGACUGGGCUUCCUACACUAUUUAGAAAGAAGAGGGGUGCUAGGUAUUUCGGAGUUGAUGUACAACACUAUGAAACACUUGAUGCCUAGCAAGGAAGUCAGGUCGUAAAUGUAAAAAAUCCGAAGAAACAUUAGCAAUAUGAGCUG